GCAAAGUGGAGGUGGUGCUAGAAGGGGUGUGAGAGUGUUGGGGGUCUCUCCAGGAAUAGGGGUGCUCUUAGGGGCAUCAGUCUGUCAGUGGCAUGGAGGAGGGGGAACACUGGCGUCUUGCCGGGGAGAAGGAGCUGGGCCAAGGGGGAACUAUAAAUAGCUUCUUCCUCCAGCCCAGGGGGAGGGACAGUCAGCUGGAGCUUCCCAGGGGGCCUCCUGCUCUGCCCUUUGGUGGCCUCCAAGGGGUCAUGUUUAUCCAGGUCCCCCCUCAGGGGUCAUAUCCAGAGGCUCAUUUGGGAAGUUUUUCAUGUGAUGUUACUUUAGCCCUUAAACCAGCAUUUCUAGGGCAACUACUGUGUGCCUUGUGCCGGUCCUGAGCUGCUCUAAGCACCUACUGUGUGCUCUGUCCCAGUCAGGAACCUCUCUGAGCACCUUACUGUGUGCUCUGGCUGGUCCUGAGUCACUUUGAGCACCUACUGUGUGCCCUGUGCCAGGUUGGAAUCAGCAAGUGCAGGCCAGGGUUCACGGGCUGCUUGGUUACACGGCUCUCUACCCCCAAGUUGGAACCUCACACCCUGUGUGAGCUCUGGACCCAGGGAGACACAGGAUGAUCCUUGGCUAGAAAUGGCCAGAGGAAGCUGGAACUCCUAGGAACUCCCCAACCUCCCAGUGACAGCAGAGGGGAGAGGAGGAGGGAAUAAAGGGGAAGGAAGACAGCAGAGAGCAGCAGGCCUCACUGCAGCUGGCCUGUCUCUGCACCAGCCUGGGUGCAGGGCCUGUUAGUGUGUGUACACCAGUGGCUGUGUGCACACCAUGCUUUCGUGCAGUGGUGUGUGGGUCUGUGUGGGAUGCACUGAGGUCCCUGGGCCCAUAUGCUGCAAAGGGUGGCUGUCGGUUUGGCCAGGUCUGGCCAGCAGAUACGUGGACUGGGAAGAGUUUGAGCAUUGAGGACUGAAGACUGAGGACACCCCACAGCUUGUAGUCUGGGACACUGGGAGGAGGUCCAGUGGUCAGUGCAGAGGGCACCACAGGAGCCAGGCCAGGCAGGUUCACGGCGAGGAAAAGCUGAGCAGGAUGUGUUCACGCACAAGUGCACACUGACAUCCUAGCACACCUCCCACCCUUGGGCCAGGAGAGCUGGCUCACUCUGGGAUGGCCCCAAGGAGGGAAAGCCAUGAGGGCCAGUUAUUCUAUUGGACGUAUUGGCGCUGAGGGAGCAGAAAGUCAGGAGAGCAUUUCAAUGGAGGGAACAUGCAAGAGUGCAAGUGUGGAGGUGGGAUGUGUGGUUAUAGUACCAGCUGUGGGAGGUGAGGUUCUGAAGGGCUGGGAGCUGAGCUGAGUCCAUCCUGCACUGUGGGCUGGCGGUUCUGUGACGCUGGGCCCUUCUCCCCUUCCUCAGUUUCCUACCUGAGAAAUGGGGCCAUGGGAGGGGAGUAUCCUCAGAGCAGAUGUAGACCCUGGCCUUUGGGGAGGGGCUCCAGGCUCCUCCUGCUGUUGACAUGUGGCCUCACACUGGAUAUAGAGACUUGGGAAGGUAUGUCUGGGUCAGCCCAGGGUCAGACGGGAAGAGUGGGAGGUACAGAGCCACUGAUUUUCCUGGGAAGCCAGACUCAGACUUCUGGAGGUGAGGAUGGCUUCCCAGACAUGGCCCUGGCCUCCUGCCCUGCCCUGGCUGUCCCCUACCCCCAGCCUUUGACUAACAUUCCAAGAGGGUUGGAGAGGAGAAUGGCAGGCCUGAGAAGGUGCAGGGUGUCUGUGGAUGUUAGAUGAGGUAGACUUUGCAAUGACUGCUGGGGGUUGGACAGGGUGUGGGUAUGUGGUGACAAGGUCUCUGAGGCUAGGGUGGCCCCAGGAUGGCCUUGGUAGUGGCCAGGAGACAGACAGGAGGGCUGACUUGUCAGGAACAGAAUGAGUGGCUUUGGAGAAGUAGGAAGUGGGUGGAAGGUCACUAGGGGCAUCCUGCUCAUCAGGAGCUGCCUGUGGGUGUGCCAGCUGCUGGGCAUGAGGUGGGGAAGGAGGUGGACGGUGGACACUGAAGAGGGAGGCUGAAGAAGGAGGAAGUGGUCGACUCUGUCUGAGGCAGGGUAUUUCCUGGGGAGGCAGCUUGAGCUGUUUCCAGGGAAGGUCUGCGUGGGCUUCUAGCACGUGGACCUCCUUAACCUUCAUUUCCUGGGAAGUGGGCAAGACAUCUGUAUCAGUCAUCUUAAGGGUCCUUGCCAGGCUCUGAAGGGCUGGGCUGUGACUUGGAGGACUGACUCAAGGCAGGGGUGUGACAAGGAGGGCAGAGGGAGGGGUGCUGCCCCUGUGGAACACUGGGUGGAGACUUUUCUCCGUGCCCCAGCCCCUGGAUCCUGGCUGGGCACACAUUAAGCAGAGAGAACUUGGGGAUGCAGUGAUCCUGCCAGGGGAUGUGGUGGAGGACAUCGCUAGAGGGCAGUGUGACCCAGACUCGAGCAGUGUCAGCUAAGGUCGGGGGCAGAAAGUGUACAAAGCUUAAGAGGCUGGGCUGAGGAGACAGAGAGGAGGUAGACCAAGUGUUCCCGAACUCAGGCUCUCUCCUUUGCCCCUUGCCUCCACUGCAUUUUUAGAGACAGGAGGAAGAGAAAUAAUAUAAUAAAUGAUAACAUUAAUGUGCUUUAGAAUGGAUUUCUCAGACACUGCCACUUUUAACGCAUACCAGAAUCUUGUAAGAUCCAUGACAGUAUGUAUUCCAUUUUCCUGAUGAAGAAGCAGAGGCUCAUUAAAGAAAAAAAUGUGUAAACUUAUGAUUUAAAAUUUAAUUGGUAAAAAUGAAAUCCUGGAAGGAGAAGUAAGAUACUGUCAGGGUUUGGUGAGUCCCCAGGGACCUUGGUUACUAGGUGCCGCUCACGUGCUCCAGGUGGGCUGGGGUUUAGCCCGAGCUCCCCAGCAGCUAAGGCAAAGAGAGAAACACGAUUAAUUUUGAGAUUUGUCCUCUGUCCCUGUCCAUGAGAUAAAGGAGCUUUUUCAGCGUGGUUGGGCAGGUUGCUCCUGUGGGCAGUGGAGAGUCCCGGGACUCGGAGCAGAAGAGAGGGUCGGGGCACAAGGCCGGUGGGGCGCGGCGGAGUUGACAACCGGGCCAGUGAUGAGAGUUACGCAGAGGCCGCCAGGCUGGUCCUGACCAACUAAGCUCUGCGCGUCACGCAGGCCUACCCCAACGCAUGCAAACCCCUCCUCCUGGGGGCCCUGAAGUCACGCAGAGCGGGAAGCGGGACCUCGGGUGUCCUGGGGGCAAGCCUGGCACGCCCAGGGCGAAGCCGUGGGUGAGGUCUAUGCAAAUCAUCAGGGUCGCGUUGGGUGUGCUGGGCUCCGGCAUCCAGGGCGGGGCCUGCACCAGCCAAGCCUGGAAACUGGGGAGCUGGGCAUGCGCGUCCCCCAUCCUGGCAUGCAGGGCGGGCCCGCUUAGUCCAAAACGCGCUAGUAGGCGAGCUGAGCAUGCGUGGUAGGAGGCCAGGCGCUCUUCAGUUGGGGUGGAGCCUACUCGUUCCGGGGCGGGGCCUGCGGGGAGUUGGAAGGGCGUCAACGCGGCUUCAGGAGGGGCGGGGCUGAGGGGGUAGAGCUGGGGGGCGGGGCAUCGAGUGGCCCGAGGUGGCCGGGCUGCUGGGUUGGAAGCAGCGCAGUCCGACUCAUCCUAGCCCCAGGAUGGCGUCCCCACGGGAACUGACCCAGAACCCCCUGAAGAAGAUCUGGAUGCCGUACAGCAACGGGCGGCCUGCUCUGCACGCCUGCCAGCGCGGUGUUUGCAUGACCAACUGCCCGACGCUCAUUGUCAUGGUGGGGCUGCCUGCCAGGGGCAAGACCUACAUCUCUAAGAAGCUGACCCGCUACCUGAACUGGAUUGGCGUGCCCACGCGGGAAUUCAACGUUGGCCAGUAUCGCCGGGACAUGGUCAAGACAUACAAGUCUUUUGAGUUUUUCCUUCCAGACAAUGAAGAGGGCCUGAAAAUCAGGAAGCAGUGUGCCCUGGCAGCCCUCCGAGAUGUUCGGCGGUUCCUUAGUGAGGAGGGGGGGCAUGUGGCGGUUUUUGAUGCAACAAAUACCACCCGAGAACGGAGAGCGACCAUCUUUAAUUUUGGGGAACAGAAUGGCUACAAGACCUUUUUUGUUGAGUCCAUCUGUGUGGAUCCUGAGGUCAUAGCUGCCAACAUCGUGCAAGUGAAACUGGGCAGCCCUGACUAUGUCAACCACGACAGCGAUGAGGCCACGGAGGAUUUCAUGAGGCGCAUCGAGUGCUAUGAGAAUUCAUAUGAGUCGCUGGACGAGGACCUGGACAGGGAUCUGUCCUACAUCAAGAUCAUGGACGUGGGGCAGAGCUACAUCGUGAACCGCGUGGCUGACCACAUCCAGAGCCGCAUUGUGUAUUACCUCAUGAACAUCCACGUGACGCCCCGCUCCAUCUACCUCUGCCGGCACGGGGAGAGCGAGCUCAACCUCAAGGGCCGGAUUGGCGGGGACCCAGGACUGUCCGCCCGGGGCAGGGAGUUUGCCAGGAGUCUGGCCCAGUUCAUCAGGGAUCAGAACAUCAAGGACCUAAAGGUUUGGACAAGCCAGAUGAAGAGGACAAUCCAGACGGCUGAGGCCCUGGGUGUGCCUUAUGAGCAGUGGAAAGUUCUCAACGAGAUUGAUGCGGGCGUCUGUGAGGAAAUGACUUACGAGGAAAUUCAGGAUCAUUAUCCACUGGAAUUUGCCCUGCGAGACCAGGACAAGUACCGGUACCGGUACCCCAAGGGGGAGUCCUAUGAGGACCUGGUCCAGCGACUCGAGCCUGUCAUCAUGGAGCUGGAGCGGCAAGAGAACGUGCUGGUCAUCUGCCACCAGGCUGUGAUGCGCUGCCUCCUGGCCUACUUCCUUGACAAGGCAGCAGAACAGCUGCCUUACCUCAAGUGUCCGCUGCACACGGUCCUGAAGCUGACCCCCGUGGCUUAUGGUUGUAAAGUGGAGUCCAUAUUCCUGAAUGUGGCGGCUGUGAACACGCACCGAGACAGGCCUCAGGUAGCAGCCGGGUCACUGCUGGGGUGGUGGGCACGUUCCUGGGGGUCCAGACACAGCAACCACCAGGGCCAGGCCCAGCUGGGGCAUCUACUGAGUGAGCUUGAGUUCUCUGUCAGGGUGACGCUGUGGCCAGAACAGAGGCUAGAGGCCUACAGGGGGCAGGCGCUUCCAUGUCCCACCAGCCCAGGCCUCAUGAGCACCUGUCCAACCUGAGCACCUUUAAAAAGUAAAAAUGAAAAAUGUCCUGCUUUGUUGCGGAAAGGGCCAUGCAGAGGCUGAGGGUGUCUCGGUGCUGCGUAGAGACCUUCCUGCGGAAGGACACGUCUCUGUUCUGUGUUCCCCCAGCGUUAAAGAUAGAAGCUCCUUGAAGUGUUGCCCAGAAGCACUUCAUGCCCGUGUGGGAUCCUUCUGCCAUCUUGGUUUCCUCUCCCACUGAGGCCAAGAGCAGGACCGCCCCUCUGGGCCCCAUUCCCAGAGUCUGUUGCACCAGGAAGGCUCCUGGGACCUUAGUCAUGCCUGCUGCCACCCACAAUGGGACGUGUUGGGCCUUGGGUCCCUGCCCAGGGUGCAGGCCUUGGGCCCCACAGGCUGAGGUGUGUGGAUGUGUCCUCCUGUUUCCUAAGGCUGCUUCCCCUCACCAGAACCAGUCAUUGUGUAAACCUCUUCCCUGUUUGCCCUGAGAGUCCGAUGAAGGCCCAGUCUGGCACACACAGGUCUCAGGGGUAGAUGUCCCAACAGGCCCCUCGUACUGAGGAAAGCCCAGAAGGUGUUGGGCCCCCAGCACUGAUGGGGUGAUGGUGAAAGAGGCCCCUGGACCCAGCAAGCAUCAGGGGCUGGUGCCCCGGUCCCUUUGCAGGAGCCAACAUGGCCAUGGGGUAGUUGGCAGGCACCCUGCCUGCCUCUGGGUAGGCACUUCUGAGAGGCAAACUUCUGUUGGCCACAGGUUCCGGGAUGGUUCCUUUUAAGGUGGGCAGGAUCUCCAGGUCCUGGCCCAUCCUUGGGGACAGGUUGUGGUGAGAAAGGGGCCCUUGGGAAGCCUGCCCCCAGUGAGAAUUGCACCUGCCCCUACAAUUCCAGUGGCCAGCCCUGUGAACUCAGGAGUGUGGCCAUAGCGGACAUGAUUCCCUCCCUGCAGAUCUGGGCUGUGGCCCAGGUCAUUGGUGACCUGCUCCAUUGGGCCACCAAGAUCAGGGAUCACAUAGGAUCACAUAGUCUUACAGAAUUGAGGGGAGUCUCUGACCCCCAUCCCUUAGGCCUGAGAUGCCCUGAACUCAGCCGGCUGUGGACAGAACUGGGCUCUGUCCCAGUUCUGAGGCAGGGGAGGGGUGCUGUUCAGGAGGUGCAGGGGGCCUGGUGCCCCAGCUCUCAGACACAGGAGGUGUCCGCAGCCUGCCGGGGCCAUAUCUGACACCUGUCCACCGACACACCGACAUAGCCGGGAGGAGGGCACCCUCAGGAGCUGGUCCCCUUCCCAGCCAGCUGUUUCUCCCCACCUGACCCAGACCUGAGGCAGGAGGCGGGGAUGGCCUCACUCUGGGUAAUGCCUGACCUGCCUGCAAGGAGCAAGCAGGAACCGGAGGUGUCCUCCAUCCCUCACCUUUUUUCUGGUGUUUGUCACCCACCACGUGUCAAGAGGCUCUUGACGCCUGGCUCUUAGGAAAGGUCGGGGUCUAAGUCCUGUGACCGGGGCUCCUCGGGGUGAGGAUGUGAGUCCAGCGGCUAUAGCGAUGAGCAAAGCGGGUAGUGGUGACUGUCUGUCCUUGGCAAAUGGUCAGCGUUCUGUGUGUUUAAUUUUGUGCAGAAUGUAGACAUCUCUCGGCCUCCGGAGGAAGCCCUUGUCACGGUCCCUGCUCACCAGUGACCGUGUGUCGUCCACUGCAACCCCCGGGCAGGUGUUGAGCUCUGUGGACGAGGUCAUUCCAGGCCCUCUGGUCUGUGUGACAGUCACCACACAGGAACACCCUCAAAGCCAUGCAUGGCUGGUGGCACCCAGAAUCCCAGUCCCAGCCCACCUGUUUCCUUGUUGACAGUGUCAGGGUUGUAUGCGGUGCCCAACCUGCUGCUAAAAACCACUUGGCCUGACUGCGUCUGCACCGGGCUGGUGAGAGGUUUCCCAGCCCCUGAUCCUUCUGUUCUCUCUCACCGGCCUGGUGGGCUUCGUGAAGUGUGAAACCCAAAAAUGUGAAACGGAAAGCACUUGCUGUGAUGUUUCCACCCACUGAGGCCGAGCUGCCUGGGUAGACCUGGGGACCCCUGCCAGGGCUCUGCUACACUCUCUUUGGCCACUUCCUGAGCCAGAGGCAAGGUGUUCAUGAGCUGCUGCUGCCUCAGUACGCGGGAAAGAGCCAUCCCCGUCCUGCCUCACCAGGAACUGAAGAGCUUCCGCCAAGGCAGCCACCUCCACUGGCCAGACCCUUGAGUCUGUGCGUCUGCAUUUGUGGACGCUCAGGAAAGCAGUGUGUUCACUUCAGCACAUGGGAAUGCACAGAAACAUGCAGGGAGCGGGGUGUUUGCGAUUACCCCUUCCCAAUUAUGCCUACACUGGAAUACUCGUGGGAGCUGGCAGCCAAGGCCACCCCUCUCCAACUGCUCUCAUGGUGCAACACGUGAAGAAAGAUGUGAAGACAGGACAGUUGUAGGAGUCGCCCUUCCCAGUGCUCGAGGGAGAGGCUGCCCUCCCAUCUUCCUCUCCCGGCCAUGCCACUGGGCUACCUUGCCCGCCGCUGCCUGCGUCCACACAAGAGUAUACACUGGUGGCAGGGACCUGCAUUUGCUGUGAAGGAUUCGGAAAAGCUUGCAUGGUCCUGCAAAGCCUGUCCUGGCGUUUGUUGACCUCUACCCGCAGAACUAAGCACGGGAAAGCCCAGAGCUGGAGGCAGCCUCUGGCCAGGGCAGGAAUUUCCCAGCUUCUGAUUCUUGUACACAGGAGCCUGAUGAAAAUGACCUCGGGAAGCCUGCCAUCUGUCACGCCCUUGAGUUCUUUUGGGCCCAGGGAGUUGGGCUGGGCCGCGGGUUCCGGCUCCAUUUUGUAGCUGGGAGAACAGCCUGGCCAGCAAGUUGUGAGGCUGGGUGAGGAAGCGUGUGGAUUUGUAGUUGGAUGCGCUGCUGUCCACAGGUGGUGGUCCUUGGUGAAGUCAGGCCCGAGGAUCCUGUGUCCCUGGCCCAGGCUGAUGAUCUCUCGGCCUCGAGUGCCACAGCAGUUAUGGACAGACAUGGGUGGAGAGAUAUCCAGGACAGAGCCGUGGCAGUACCCUCCUUCUGGACUUAUCUCCUGUCAGAGCCCCAGGCCCCUUAGACCCAGGGCCAGAGGACCACGCUACUGCCUUUGGGAUGUGGGGACUGCAGCCUUUGCUUCCAUGUCCGCCAGAGUAUUGGUGACUUUUGGUCAUGCUCAGUUGUUGGCCAUAGCAGGUCCCUUUGGUCAGCGGCACGUACAUCUGGAUGUCACCACCUCUCCAAGACCUCAGGCUGGCUGAGGUGAGACCAGCAAGGCCUUUUCUCUCUGUCCAGAGGGCAGCCAGGAGCUACUGGAGAUGUGUCACAAGGACUGGGAUGGGGCAGAGGGAAGUGUGGGAUCCCAGCAGCGCUCACCCGGAGCCGGCUCUGCAUGGGCAGCCAUCCACCUGGCUGGCUGCCCGGUUGUAGCCAGGACGGUUGAUGUGCUCCUGUUGCAGACAUGUUUCCUGCUCGCCCUGGAAUGGAUGUUGUUGGAUCUCAGCCACAUAUCACACUGUGUCCAACAUUCUUUGCAAUAAAUACUUUUUUAAAAAAGAACAA